CUGCACUCUGGAUUCUGGAACUACAACAGUUCAUUCUUUUCAUCAAAUCAAGCACAGUAUUUUCAACAUUAUAGCGAUGUAAAUAAACUACUUGACAAAAUGUAGUUCCUGAAUGAAGUAUUAAAAGCCAAGGUAAGACGAAAUGAAAUAUAUUCAAGUGAGUUUACAUAUAAAGCAUAUCGAAACACAGCGCCGAUUCAUAAGUCGGCUGUAAACACAAGGAAUUUCUGAAGAGACCAGAAAAGAAAUAGUCUUGGCAAUAGAUAUUUAGAAGUUUCGCGAGAGUUAGGUGCCAUUUUGAGGGUAUUUUAAUUUUUAACCAAGAAUGCUUGCUUUAAACUCGUAUUUGUUCAUGCAGAACGGCCUUACACAGUGCUGUCUCGGUCAAUUAUAUAAGAAUUUUAAAUAAAAGCGUUUCGUUUUCAGUUCAAAACGACAUCUAACAUCUUUUCUCUCAUGUAUAUUUCUCAAGACAUUGAUUCAACAGUAUCUAUAAAGAAAAUGGCGUCAUACGACACUGGUUAUGAAGAUGAACUAUUUCAACAUCCCGUUGGCCACACGUUGCAUUGUGGUAUAUGCAUGAACGUUUUGAAGGAUCCAAUUUCGUGUCGACAUAAUGAGCAUUUGUUCUGUCGAGCUUGUAUCACCAUACAUCUUAUGAACUUUCAAACAUGUCCAUCGUGUAUGGAACCACUCACUGUCGAAUCACUGCGCCAAGCACCUCGGACCGUAACGAACUUACUUUCCGAAUUAAAGAUCCGCUGUCAAUUCUUCGAUCGUGGUUGCGGACAGUUUGUUGAAUUAGGAGAUCUUGAAAGGCAUGUCACUGACUGUGGGUUCGCCCCAGCAGUCUGCUCUAACAAAGGAUGCCAACUUGAGGUGAAUAAACAAGAUUUACUACACCAUGAAACAGCUGUGUGUGAAGUAUGCAGAGUCAAGUGCCACAGUUGCAACGAAAUCAAACAAGAGAUGGAUACAGUGAAAGUUAAUUUGGCAGCAAUGAAUGAAAAGUUGAAAGGAGUUGGGGAACAGUUGAUCAGACAUGAGAAACAGAUGGACAGAAAUCAAGAGAAUGUCAAAACAGAGUUUGGAAAUGUGGUCGCAAAAGCUGAACUGGUUCAAGAACAACUUCGAAGACAACUCAACAAGCAGGAAGAAAGCAAUCGUCGUCUUGAAGCAGACAAUGUAGAAAUAAAGAAAAGUUUAAAUGAAAUUAUGAAACAACUGGAAAGAAUGACACAACAAACAUCGCACAAAGUUCAGGCUGAAGAAAUGAAGAAAGAUAUUGCAGAAGGUGAAAUGGACAGAGAGCCGAAGGUCCUUGUCGCUGGAGGCAGGAAUGGCAGAAAACAUCUAAAUUCAGUGGAAAUGUUCAGUCUCUCAAACGCAACCUGGACACCACUAAAGCCAAUGAAAGAAAGUCGUAGUAGACAAUCUUCAGUUGUUCACAACAAUCAAAUUUUUGUCAUGGGAGGUGUGGGUCUGAGUGGAGAAGCAAUCAAGUCAAUUGAAAAACUAUCACUGAAUGCUGUUCAAGUUGAUCAGUCCAUAACUUGGGAAAACGUUCUUGCUGAGUUACCUGAAGCAUUGUGCGGACACUGCAGUGUAGUUUAUAAUGGGCGGUUGUUAGUGAUUGGGGGUUAUUAUUAUAGUAAAUGUGCAUGUUCUGAUAGUAUUACUGAGAUUUCCCUUGUCCCACCUUAUACCAGUAAACUGUUGGCUACCAUGCCACAGGCAAGAUGUUAUCAUGGUGUUACAAUGGUUGGUGACAAGAUACUGAUUCUUGGAGGUAGGGCCUCAAUUGUGGACUGUAGUACAAAACAUACAAAUGUUUUGUUGUAUGAUAUUAUUAAGAAUGAAUGUAAGGAGUUGGCAGCUCUACCCUACCCUGUGUCUGAAAUGGCCACAGUCAAGUGGAGUGACAACAGUGCGAUCAUAAUGGGUGGUGCUGACCAUGACAAUCAACCAAUAAACAAAGUUUCAUUAUACAAGAUCAAGACCCAGAAGAGUCGUAUGUUACCAGACAUGAAGUACAAGAGGAGAGGAUGUGUGGCUGCAGUUGUCAGAGACACUGUGAUUGUCAUGGGAGGCAUGAAAGAAAGAAGAAAGUACUUAAAGUCUGUAGAAUGUUUUCGAUUUGAUCGCUAUAGCUGGCAAGAACUUCCUGAUAUACAGGAAGCGAGAUACUUGGCUACUGCAGUUGUGUGUUAAUUAUGUAUUGUAUAUACAGUAUUUAUAGCAACAUAUAAUUACGUUGUUGCAGUAUUUUAUACACUUUUAUACUUGAGAUAUUAUAAUAGUUUUAUAAAUAAAAUUUUGUACCAAUAUGACCAAGUUUAAGC